CAAGAUUGUAGAGUCAAGUUUUCUUAGCGGUCCUACCAACAUUUCAAGGCUCACAGCCCAGUUUGUAUAAUAACUGUAAUUAUUGUCUUCUGCUUAUCGACACUGGAGAUUAAAUAUUUAUUGCUUUGUCUCUGAAACGGAAUUAGUUUUUUUUCCUCAUUCCUUACACUUGCCAGUAAACAAUGUAGAGCAACUCUUUCCCGAACCAAGAUGAACAAGGAAAUGGGUGGAUCAUGUAGUCUUGUUUAUUAAACAGUCUUUGGUCCCCAGCUGAGAUCGUAUCGGAGGAACGAAGCUAAUUGUUGACCCCGUCUGACUGUGGUCGGUUGUUUGUCCGUUUUUCGGUAUUACCAGCUAAUAAUUAAUUAAAGAGGCUUUUUGCUAUGGACAUCCGGACAGUAAUAGGAUAGAUAACAACGUCGGGGCUGAUGUUUCAUAACCACCUUGUUUUUUUAUUUAUUAAUUAUUUUUUUUAACAACUAAACUCAUCAGCUAUCGGUAGCUAGCUAGCCAUUUAUUUACUUGAUGUUACAGCUAGCUGUUCGUUAGCUGCCAGGAUACCAAGUAUUUUGUUGUUUUAAUAAGCUUUCUAGCUAGCCAAGUCGUUAUUCACAAUGGCUAUCAAAAAAACUUAUAUCAGCAUAGGGUAUGCCACUUUUGGUAUGCUCGUUGGAUUUUCGGCGUUUCUUGUGUGGAACAUUGCAUACAAACAACCAUGGACGGCCGCAAUGGGCGGAUUGUCAGGUGUGCUGGCGCUCUGGGCCCUCAUCACGCACAUCAUGUACCUGCAGGACUACUGGCGCACCUGGCUGAAGGGGCUCAAGUUCUUCAUCUUCAUCAGUGGCCUCUUCUCCCUGCUGGCUGUGGUGGCCUUCAUCACCUUCCUCUCCCUCGCCAUCACGCGGAAGGAGAGCCUGACUGACCCCAGGAGCCUCUACCUGUCAUGCGUGUGGAGCUUCUUGACACUGAAGUGGGCUUUCCUGCUGGGCCUCUACUCGUACCGAUACCGCAAGGAGUUUGCUGACAUCAGCAUCCUCAGCGACUUCUGAGCGCCCCCUGGUGCGGGGCGGGACAUGCGGACUGGAGGAAGAGGAAGAGGAAGAUGAGGAAGUGGAAGGUGGGACAAUGACAAGGAAAGUGACUGGGUUUCUGUCCCCGCACUUGUGGUCUCUGACGCUGAGAUCUGGAGCUAAGGCAAAACCAGGCUUAUCUUUGUGGAGGAUUCUUCCUCUGUGUUUAUUCACAUGGACCUUUUAAGUGAGUGUACGUGUGUGUGUGUGUGUGUGUGUGUGUGUGUGUCUGUCUGUCCGUGUGUGUGUGUGUAUUUUUUUAUGUUUUAUCACGUGCACACACAAACAGUCAACGUGCACGCAAACAUUAAGGAUGUCUAAUUAACUACAUUACAUGUUCUAGGCUGCGAUCAGGGAAUUAAUUUCCUAGUAAAAACCCUUUCCACAGCGGCCCAAACCACCUGUAGUGGAGCGGAGCGCUCGCCUCUUUCUCACAGCUGAGUCCAUAGGCUCGGGAGGAAGCUGAGAAGGGACUUGUCCCUAAGCAGGAUUCUCAACGGCCUAUUUAUAGAGAGGUUUACAUAUGUGGCCCGGGACAGAGACACCUGGACUGUCAGCAGUCUGUAUCUCUGAGGACUACGCUGUGGACAUGGCUGUUAUUGCAUAAUUACAUAAUGCAGUAGUUUAAUGGAAUCUUUUGUACUAAGGUGAUGUGUUUCGAGUUUUUUUUUACUUGAUAAGAAUGGCCCCUUUGAAUACGAGUCAGAUUAGCUUCCUUGUGACCCUGGCAAAUAUUCAAAUAUUCUUACUAGUCUUUGCUUUUUGGUUUUAGUUCUCCCUACCUCACGCAAUUUCAUAUUUACACCACAGGAGGGAGACAGCGGAACAUUAAAAAAAAAGAUCUUUCCUUUCCCGUGCCGUAUGUGUGCAGGUCUUGAUAAAGAGCACCGUUUCCUGGUCAGAGCAGUGGUUGACACAAGGAAAUGCAUCCUAGAUUGCUUGUAAUUAUAUAAUGAACAUAUAUGCACUUUAUUGAUGUGAAUAUAUGAAUGUGGGUUUGGGACCCUUAAUGAAGAAUUAGCGGUGGCUUUCAUCUUGUACGUUUAUUUUUAAGUGGAAGUGACGUUUCUGAGAAAGCUGUGUUGUGGAACCGGGACUUCUAGAACAUGAAAAACUACUACAAACGAACGAUACGCGAAUUUUGAUCGCCCUGCAAGUUUUCUUCGUCCGUGUGGAGCGAAUUCACAAAAGUUUUCAGAAUGCGUCAGAACCACUGCACUGUUAGUCCGGUGGCAUUGUUUGAUCCAUUUAACGAGUGCAAUAUUGUCAAGAGAGACUGGGACACCUAUACAACCCUUUUAUGUAGCCUCUAACGCUAGGCUAAUCCACACAGGGAGGCUACUUACGAAAGGCUGAGAGAGAGUUUGUUUUUUUUUAAAUGAAAAAUGCAAAAUAAUGGUGGUAGCACCGGUAAGCAGCGAAGUACGUAACCAAGGUCUGUCGGGUCCAUUGAUCAAGGUAUUACGAAAGGCAUUUUUUUUUACUGGCAGAUGUCAUUAUCUUAAAUAUUUUAUGUCUAGGUAUCUCCGUAGGUUUUUAAGUAUUAGUGCAUGCAUGUUGGCAAUGUUAUUAUUUAAUCAUUUGAAUAUAUCAUUUUAUGUAAUAGCUGGAAAGGAUAUAAGUUUUUAAUCUUUUUUUUCAUUUGAUCUGUAGGCUUUUGAUUUUUAACAAAAUCUGGCUCCUUCUACGUCUGGCCUCAUUGCCCAAGUCUAACAUGUCAUAUUGUAUUGAACUUAAUUCCAUUAAAGCCAAACUUGUGUAAAA